AUGUCUAUUCCUAAUGGACACACGACAUCAACCCGCCGGGUGCUGCCCUGCGGCAUUUACGCCCCGACCAUGACCUUCUUCGACCCAGACACGGAGGAGCUUGACAUCCCUACCAUCAAGAAGCACGCAGCCCGGCUGGCGAGGGACGGCCUGGCAGGUCUCGUGGUGAUGGGCUCCAACGGCGAGGCGGCGCACUGCACACGUGAGGAGAAGCUCGCCGUGACGACCGCCACCCGCGAGGCCCUGGACGAGGCCGGCUUCAAGGACACGCCCAUCGUGGUGGGCGCCACCGAGGGCUCCGUCAAGGGCACCGUCGAGCUGUGCAAGCUGUCCGCCCAGGCCGGCGGCGACUACGUCCUCCUGCUGCCUCCUUCCUACUUCCGCGGCCUCAUGGACGAGGAGGCCGUCUAUGGCUACUUCACCGCCGUGGCCGACGAGUCGCCCCUCCCGCUCAUCCUGUACAACUACCCCGGCGCCGUCGCCGGCAUCGACAUGGACUCGGACCUGCUGAUCAAGCUCGCCCAGCACCCCAACAUCGUCGGCACCAAGUUCACCUGCGGCAACACGGGCAAGCUGACCCGCGUCGCCCUGGCCACCGACGCCAAGACCCCCUGGUCCGAGGGCAGCGGCUACAUGGCCUUUGGCGGCAUCUGCGACUUCACCACCCAGACCCUCAUCAGCGGCGGCAGCGGCAUCAUCGCCGGCGGCGCCAACGUCAUGCCCAAGCUCUGCGUGCGCGUGUGGACCCUCUACGCCCAGGGCAAGCGGGACGAGGCCGAGGCCCUGCAAAAGGUCCUCAGCAAGUGCGACUGGGUCCUCACCAAGGCCGCCGUCCCCGGCACCAAGCAGGCCAUCCAGAGCUACUUUGGCUACGGCGGCUGGGGCCGCAGGCCGCUGAGGAGGCUGGAGGACGUGAGGGUCCAGGCCAUCGCGGACGGCAUCAAGGAGGCCAUGGAUAUCGAGAAGUCGCUGUGA